ACAAGUAAUCAGUUCUCACCUGCCGCUGGUGCUCGAUAUACGUCAGGUUUCCAAGUUCCGUAAAGUACGAAGUGAAACCAAACAAACGGUGUGUUUGUGUGUUUUAAUCAAGUGAAGUGAUGGCAAGUCGAUUGGCGUUGGCACUGGUGCUUCUAUCGGCCACGUGGCUUACGAUAGCGGUUGAAUCCAGCCCGGUGAUCCUGAGGGACGAAAACGGUCUGGAAGGGGGUGAUGAGGAUGAAAUUGAUAUCUCUCAUCUUGGGCUGAACAUCUACGGAGAACCGGAUGAGUCGGUAGGCGAACGUGUCGCACAGUACAAUCCGGAAACGGACCUUGUAAACCCGGAGGAACUUGGAACAUACGUGGACGGGGAUAUACUGAUUGCACGGCCCGGCGGUCGAAACGGGCUGGCGGAUAAAAGUACUCGUUGGCCGGGAGGGGUGGUGCCUUUUGUGAUUAAUGGAAAUUUUAAGGCUAACGAAAUGCAAAUGAUCGAGGACGCAUUCAACCAGUACCACUCGAAGACCUGCAUCAAGUUUAAGCCACGCAUGGGCGAAAAGGAUUACAUCUCGAUCGAGAGCUCCAAUAGCGGAUGUUGGUCCAGCGUUGGACGAAUCGGAGGACGCCAAGAGGUAAAUCUGCAGAUGCCCGGCUGUACAACCAAAGUUGGCACGAUCGUUCACGAACUGAUGCACGCGGUGGGUUUCCUGCAUGAACAAAACCGUUCCGAACGCGACGAUUGGGUACAGAUUCAGACGCAAAACAUCCAACGUGGCACGGAGACGAAUUUCGUUAAGGCUAAGAGUGGCACGACCGACGCAUUCGGAGUGCAGUAUGAUUAUGGCAGUGUGAUGCAUUAUUCGGCAACAGCGUUCUCUUCCAACGGAAAACCAACGAUCAUUGCUAAGUAUCCUUUGAGCGGCACAAAAAUGGGUCAGCGGGAGGGAUUUUCACGCAGCGAUGUUGAAAAGGUCAACCGAAUGUAUCGCUGUGGAGGUGACUCUAGCGGUUCAGGCCCACCGGUUAGCUUGCCAUUCCCAGUUCCGUCUGCUCCGAUUGGCCUGAACAACGGAUACUGCCCUCUCAAUCCGUACCCAUACCCAUAUCCUUCACACGGCGUACUUCCGCAGACGUAUCCGAUUCCCGGUGGCUAUCCCCAAGGUCCUUAUGGUUAUUAUCCGUACGAUGAAACGUCAAAUGCGAAGAAUGUAGAACAAUCCUCGAAUAAAGAUUAG